AUGUCUGUUGGAGAACCUACCCCAAAUACUGCAGUGGACCAAUCUCCUGCGACGACGAAUCCAACUGCGUCCAAGCCUCGAAAACGUUUUGUUGGAUCUAGAUCUGCGAAGCCGUCUAAGCCAUCCGUACCCCAGCUCCCCGCCAACCAAGUACCCCUGGAGAUCCUCAACGAUCCUCAACUCAACUCCGCCAUCUCUGUCCUGCCGUCCAACUACUCCUUCGAGAUACAUAAGACCAUCCACCAUGUCAGGAAGAAUGGGAGCAAGAUGGUCGCGCUGCAGAUGCCGGAAGGUCUGCAGAUGUUUGCGUGCACGAUCGCGGAUAUCAUCGAGCGGUUUACGGAUGCGCUGACGGUGAUCAUGGGCGAUGUCACAUAUGGUGCUUGCUGCAUCGAUGAUUAUACCGCUGUCGCGUUAGGGUGCGAUAUGCUGGUGCACUACGGUCAUUCAUGCCUUGUGCCGAUCGAUCAGACGUCGAUCAAGACACUUUACGUGUUCGUAGAGAUCUCUAUCGACUCCCAGCAUCUCGCUCAGUCCGUACGCCUCAACUUCCCCUCCGACCGCCAACGCUUCCGCGACUCCCUUCUUGAGCAUGAAUAUGAAGACUCCCAAAGGCCUCUUGGUGCACCCGUUGGCAGGACUCAGCAUCUGCGAAUAGAAGGACCUCAGACUGUGGACCCGGGAUCCCAACCUUCUGAUAGCCGCCCCGAAAGUUCGAGUCCUCCAACAUCCGAAUAUGGCGAACCCACCCGACUUGCGCUGGUUUCUACCAUCCAGUUCGUUGCCGCUUUGCAACAGCUCAAAGAAAAUCUAUGCGUGGAAUGGGCAGAUGAUACACCUCUACACGCUCCUUCCGUGCCUCGAUCCUUGAUCACCGACUCAACCACAUCCGAUAUUACUGGCUGUGGCCCGAAUGGUGGUGCACUCGAAGUCGGAAAGCCCAAACUCUGGACAGGCAAGUACGACGCUACGAUACCGCGAUCGAAGCCGCUGUCGCCCGGCGAGAUUCUCGGAUGUACCGCACCUCGACUAAAAGAUGUCGACGCCCUCCUAUAUCUUGGGGAUGGGCGUUUCCACCUCGAAUCCAUCAUGAUCGCCAAUCCCACCGUCCCUGCGUUCCGAUAUGACCCCUACUCCAAGAAAUUCACGCGAGAGCGUUACGAUCAUGUACAGAUGCGCCAGGUCAGAGGAGACGCGAUCGGUAGCGCAAGAAAAAGCAUCAGACCCACGCAAGAUGAGCUGGUGGAGGUGACGAACAGUGGGAAUAUGACGCAGGAAAGCCAGGACUCCGCGAUGUGGGGUAUCGUACUGGGUACUCUUGGGAGGCAGGGAAGCUUCAAACAGCUCCAGGCGAUUACGCACCUUCUCUCCCAGUCACGGACGCCCAUCCCAUACAUGCCCAUCCUUCUCUCCGAACUCUCUCCCGCCAAACUCGCGCUCUUCAACGCCUCUCACGCCGAUAUCUCCACGUUCGUGCAAACGUCCUGUCCUCGCCUCUCCAUCGAUUGGGGAUACGCGUUCGAUAGACCUCUGCUGAGUCCUUACGAAGCAUGCGUUGCCGUCGGUGGCACGAGUGUACAGGCAGGAUGGAUGAAUACGGUCAAGGGCAAAAUCGAAGACGUCAGAGUUGGGGCGGACGAGAAAGAGGAGGUGUAUCCGAUGGACUUCUACGAAGCUGGGACUCCGUGGGCUGUGUCAAGGGCAAAGAGUGUAUUCUGA